AUGUCAUCAGCCGAGGUGAUCCGUUCCACAAUCAUGGAAGAAGGAUAUAAAGAGUAUGAAUCUAGUCAGAAUGUUGAUGGCAAAGACCAGACGCCCCUUGAAAAUAGUCAGUCUCAAGGAGGACGCCAUGCCCACCCCGAGCCCACCAACUUAGUGGAGCUCGUUCGCCAUGGUGAUUUAGAUGCCGUGAGACGAUUGUGCCAAACAGGUGUCGACUUGAAUAUGCGAACCUCUAACGGUCAAACCGCACUUCAUAUAUCAAAUCAGAACAAGGAUCAGGUUAUGAUGCAGCUCCUUCUUGAGAGUGGUAUCGAUACGGAAGCGGCUGACCAAGAUGGCAAUAAAGCUUUGUAUCUGGCCUCAGAAUCCGGAAUGCUUGAUUCUGUCAAGCUUUUGCUGCAAUUUGGCGCCAACUAUGAUUCCUACAAUGAUAUGACUUGUCACACGGCAUUUUAUCAAGCGAUCGAAACCCGUCGUUUUGUAGUGGCUCAGAAUCUCCUUGAUGUCGGGACAGAUAUAGAUGCAGUAGAUGCCGAUGGGGAGACUCCUCUGUUCAGCGCAGUUCGCAGUGGAGAUGAAGAAGCUGUGAGUUUCUUGCUGCGCAACGGAGCGAGUAAGAAGAUUCGAGACGAAGAAGGUCGACUAUAUCUGGCGGAGGACUAUGCCAGUGAAGGAACUCAGAUGAUGGAUUUGCUACAGUCGGAUCCUAUGAUUCAAGGCCCGUCUGUUAUUAAUCCCAAAUCGAACCCUAAAUCACCCUUCGUUAUAUCUUCUCUUCCAGUGGACCAGACCGAUAAGAUAAAUGCUUGCAAUGGGUUCGAAUGUACCAUCGUCGAUUUCUUUGUGGGGCAAACGGAACAGAGGAUUCAGAAAACAGUCUCGAUCUACGAGUUACUUUAUGGUAAGGGCCCAAAGGCCAUCAUGAACGCAGCAAAAGGCACAAAAUUGGAAGGAAAGAAAAGAAGUUUUAGAUGGUAUCAUUUGCCUGCAAAUAAUAUUCUCACAAGUCGGCAUUUUCAAGAACAAGGUUCUAAGGGGAUUAUGUUGGAUGAAGAUGCCAAAUUCAAGCUUUCUUUAACUAACUCUCAAGGACAGCAAUAUCGAGCAACGACAGCUCAUUCUUCGUUUAUGAGACCGAAGUGCAGAACUGUUGAGGUACAAUGUAAAGUUUCCGUGCUUAAUUACUUCCGUUGA